AUGUCAGGAAUCAGGUACUACACAGACACCAACGGGCAAUCUAUUGCAUUCCCCGAUUCCUUAACCACCCAUGGCAGCUAUUUCCCUCUCCCCCUUCCCCAGAAUCCAAACCCGGAUCAGCAGCAAUGGCAGCAGCCAGACCUGAGCUUUGGCGGGCAGCAGAGUCUGCCAGCCCAGCCCUACAACUUUGGCACAUAUCCUGUUGCCAAUUACUACCAAGCUCCCCCUCUACCGCAGGGCCACCCGCCGCCUUUUGAGCCGCAGCAACCUCUUGGAUACGCUCCUCUACAACCUCGUUACCUGCCGCAGCCCGAGGCUGAGAACCAAAUUGCCGCACCACCCUCGAAACGACGGCGCAAAAUAGACUCUGGCAAGCUUCCCGAAGUCAUCACUCUCCUGGAUUCAGACGACGAGACACCUCCUGCGCAACCGCUGCAAGCUAUCUCCUCCAAUAUUGCCCCAAGCUAUGCGAUGCCAGCCAUGUACGGAAGUGAGACUGCGAAACUGCUUCUUACAACGCCUGCGCUACCCACGUCGACACCGCCUAGAGCUCCAAACUCAACCUUGACUCCACCGUCCUCAUCACCGUUGGUGAGCGCCCCAGCUCCUCAUCCGCCCCCGCCACAAGCUGCAGUUGUAGAACCGACACUUUGCCCAGAGCAAGCUGAAUUGGUCGAGCUCAUCGCGAGCGGUCGCAAUGUCUUCUACACUGGAUCGGCAGGGUGUGGCAAGUCUACCGUCCUGAAGUCCUUCACCAAACGGCUCCGAGAGAUGGGCAAGGAUGUACGCAUUCUUGCUCCCACUGGCCGUGCCGCUCUGCAAGUCGGUGGCAUGACGACUUGGACUUAUGCAGGGUGGACACCGAACCAUCACAAACGGACUCUGGAUGAACUGAAACAGGCCGCUCAUGGAAAGUUUGUCCACAAGCGUUUCACAGAAACUGAUGUUCUGGUCAUCGACGAGAUCAGUAUGGUUGAAAAUUUGCAUUUUGAACGGCUCAACGAAGUGCUCAAAGAAGCGCGACUUAGACCCCAUCAACCCACCCGGGCCUUUGGAGGCCUUCAAAUCAUAGUCACCGGUGACUUCUGCCAACUUCCGCCUGUGAAGCCAUUCCAGCACUGCAUCGACUGCGGCGGGCUGAUGAUCCAACGCACCAUGAACGGGGAAUCAACGUACACCUGUGCGAGGCAUGGGACCUACCGAGACGAGGAGAAGUGGGCGUUCAGGAGCAAGGCCUGGGAAGAAUGCAACUUCGCCCACGUUGAGCUGAAGAAUGUCCACCGCCAGAGUGAUCAGACAUUUAUUGCCAUGCUUCAGAAGUGCCGUACUGGGGACAAACUCACACCGUCCGAGACAAACUUGCUCAUGGACCACCCAUGCAAAGUCCACAAUGCCACCAAGCUUUUCGCUACCCGCGACGAAGUCGGAAGAGUCAACCAGGAGGCUUUCAGGAAGCUCAAGUCCCCAAACCACAUCUACUGGUGCCGAGACUCCUUUUUCUGGCAGAAACAUCAUCCCCAUCUUCAAUGGAAGAACACGAGAAAGGCCAAUGGCCCUGAAGAGCAGAAGCCACUCUCAGCUCUGGACGACCAUCGUUAUGGCGAAUGUGUUGAGCUCAAGAAGGGCAUGCUGGUAGUUUUGCUCACAAAUCUGGACCUUUCUGCAGGCCUUUGCAAUGGGAGCCAGGGACUAGUAUGCGGGUUCGAGCGUUUCAGCAAAGAGAGAAUGCCCAAAGCGAAGACCGGCAAUGGCAAGCAAGAACCUGAGAAUCCGAUUCUUGGCGAACGUGCUUCAUUAAAAGAGGCAGAGAUCAGGCAGUUUCUUGAGGGCCCUGGCACGAGCUUCAAGGUGUGGCCCAUUGUCAAGUUUCACAAUGGCGUUACCCGUACCAUCUAUGCCGAGUGCUCUGACAACGAGCUGGGAGACGAGAGGCCUUACAGUCUUUUGUGCAGGACUCAAGUCCCAUUGGCCCCGGCGUGGGCCAUGACAAUCCACAAGAGUCAAAGUCUGACUCUCGACAGAGUGAUAGUAAACCUCUCCAAGGCAUUUGAGGAAGGGCAGGUUUAUGUCGCCCUUUCACGAGCAACAGGAUUGGGGGGACUGAAGAUCGAAGGAGAUGUGGCUGGCCUACGGACGGGUCUGGGAGGCAACCAAACGGUCCAGACAUUCCUACUGGAGAAGUUUGGACAUUGA